GACUCUCGUCGCUGAUGGCAGUUUUAAUUUUGUUUGGAUUAGUUGUUACUAAAAUGUCUGUCACAUAAGCUGACCAAUAAUAUAUGUAUAUUUAUAAGAAAAAUAACAAUAUUAAGAGCCUAUCAGUGAAAUAUUUAGUUGAAACAAUUGGAAAUAUAUAAAUCGGUCGAUCUUGUAUACAUACAUAUGUACAUCGUAGGUACUUAUAAUGUCGCUGCUCUAUCAACUUACAAUCAAACUUCUAGCACUGCUUGCCGCCUUGAGCCCGCUAAGUAUAACGUCAGCGGCAAAUGAUGAAAUAAAAAAUGUCUUGAUACUUUUAGCCGACGACGCUGGUUUCGAGUCGGGCGCAUACCUAAACAAGUUCUGCCAGACGCCAAACUUAGAUGCAUUGGCUGAGCGCGGCUUGCUCUUCAACAACGCAUUCACUUCGGUAAGCAGCUGUUCGCCAAGUCGCGCACAACUUUUAACCGGGCAAGCGAGUCACAGCAAUGGCAUGUAUGGACUCCACCAGGGCGUACAUAAUUUCAACGUGCUGCCCGGCGUUUCGUCGCUACCGAAUGUGCUGCGUGAAAAGUCAAAAGGUCGCAUUCUAAGCGGCAUCAUCGGCAAGAAGCAUGUUGGUGCUGCUCCGAACUUUCGCUUUGAUUUCGAGCAGACAGAGGAGCAACAUCCGAUCAACCAAAUAGGCCGCAAUAUAACCAAUAUUAGGCUCUAUGCACGGCAGUUCUUCGCCAAGGCUAGAGAGGAAGCACGUCCGUUUUUCCUACUGGUCGCCUUUCACGAUCCACAUCGUUGUGGCCACAUAACACCGCAGUAUGGUGAAUUCUGUGAACGUUGGGGCUCCGGCGAGGAAGGAAUGGGCACAAUACCAGAUUGGAAACCAAUUUAUUAUGAUUGGCGUAAUUUGGAUGUGCCGGCGCAUUUACCUGAUACCGAUGUAGUAAGACAGGAACUGGCAGCACAAUACAUGACCACAUCGCGUUUGGAUCAAGGUGUCGGCGUGGUGCUAAAAGAACUCGCAGCGAAAGCAUUCGAUGCGAAUACCUUAGUCAUCUAUACAUCGGACAAUGGUCCACCGUUCCCAGGCGGUCGUACGAACCUCUAUGAACGGGGUGUGCGCGAACCAAUGAUUAUUGCGGCGCCAACAGUUAAAGCACGUCGCCAUGAGACCACGGCGGCUAUGUCAAGCUUACUGGACAUUUUCAACACCGUACUAGAUGCUUUCCACUACUAUACACCUACUGUGAAUGGAUCUAGCGAUGAUGCAACCAAGUCUCUACUGCCGAUAUUGUACGAAGAACCACAACCAGUGGAGAGCGACGCUGUGUUUGGUAGUCAAAAUUUCCAUGAGGUCACCAUGACCUACCCUAUGCGCAUGAUACGCACACGCCGCUACAAACUGAUACACAAUCUUAACUUCUGGUCCUACUUCCCCAUCGAUCAAGAUCUCUACACAUCGCCUACUUUCCAACAACUGUUGAAUGCGACGAUCGCUAAACAGCCCUAUCCAUGGUACAAGUCGCUGCUUUCCUAUUAUGAACGACCGGAGUGGGAGUUGUACGAUAUUAAGGCUGAUCCUUUGGAACGCAACAAUUUAAUGGAGAAAUCAAAGUAUCAGCGUGUAUUUGAGGAGUUGAGCGCCCGUUUGGUCAAGUGGCAAGUGAAGACAGGCGAUCCAUGGCGUUGCGCGCCGCAUGCGGUGCUGGAGGCGCAGGGUGUAUACAAAGAAAGUCCGGCCUGUCUGACACUGGGACACGAGGCGUUACGGCGCUCAUUGACACAAUACGACAAGUAUGAGUUGAUCUAAGUAUUUAAAUACAUAUCUACCUAUCUACAUAUUUAUAGGUAUAAUACUCAAUUAUCUAUACAAAUUGAAUUUUGAAAAAACAUACAUAUGUAUGUAAAUACACAGAAUCUUUAGUAAA